GGCGCGGGCCGGGCCGGGCGGGGCGGCGCCGGGCGCCUCUUCCGACGCGGCGAGGAUGGCGGCCGAGGCGCCGUGUGAGGCUGCGGUGCCCCCGGGCGGGCCCUGCGGCCGCUGCAGCGCGGCGCCCGGCAAGUGGGUGCGGCUGAACGUGGGGGGCACCUGCUUCCUCACCACGCGGCAGACGCUCUGCAGGGACCCCAAGUCCUUCCUCUUCCGCCUCUGCCAGGCCGACCCCGACCUCGACUCGGACAAGGAUGAAACAGGUGCCUAUUUAAUAGACAGAGACCCGACCUACUUUGGGCCAGUGCUGAACUAUCUCAGACAUGGGAAACUGGUUAUUAACAAGGACCUAGCAGAGGAAGGUGUACUGGAAGAAGCUGAAUUCUACAAUAUCACAUCACUAAUAAAACUGGUAAAGGACAAAAUAAGAGAAAGAGACAGCAAAAUCUCACAGGUGCCAGUUAAACAUGUGUACAGGGUGCUGCAGUGCCAAGAAGAGGAACUCACUCAAAUGGUUUCCACAAUGUCCGAUGGCUGGAAAUUUGAACAGCUUGUCAGUAUAGGUUCCCAGUACAGCUGUGGCCGGGCCCAGCAGUCAGAGUAUCUGCUGAUAGUGUCGCGGGAGGUGAAGGGGGAAGAGAGAUGCUUCCAGAAAUGCUGCAGUGAGCUGGUCAGUAUUGGUUCUUCCUAUAACUAUGGCAAUGAAGAUCAGGCUGAAUUUCUGUGUGUUGUCUCAAAGGAAUUGCAUAACACUCCCUAUGGCACAACCAGUGAACCCAGUGAAAAAGCAAAGAGUGAGGAUGAAGAAACGGAUUACGAUAUGAAUGACUCAGAUUAAGUGUAAAUGUCAUGAUUUUGCAAGAACGAGGUUCCAGGAUGUGAAGAAAGUAUUGAACGGUGACAAUUUUUUCUCUUUUAUUCCAAGACGCAGUGAAUUGUCACACGGAAGAGGCUCAUCUGCGAAAGAAAAAAUCGGAUUUAGACAAUUUCCUGUUGAUCUGGAUUCAACCGUUUUUGCCUAUAAGCUGGUGUCAACUGGCUGAAAGCAUUGCAAGAUUACAAAGUGGGAAUAGACGGUGUGGGAGUGUGUGUUCAGUUGUGGUUGUAGUGCAUGGUUUUAUCCUGGUGGGCUGACUGACACUGGUCAUUUGAAAAGAAAUGGCCAUGCACUCCUGUUUUCCUCUGAGACAUGUAGCACUUAAUGUCUGGUGCUGGAUGACCCAAUGUUGAUCGGUUUGGAGACACUUUCCUACUAAUCAUUGUAAACAUUUAAAGGACAAUGUAAUUGGUGCUACACACACACACACACACACACACAAACACAUACAUUAAGCCCACAGAUGCAAAUAUUUGGGCCUGCGAGGUUUCAGAACCAGUGGCGGCCCCAGCUGACUGUGUUACACUGCACAUUCCUGAUGGCCCUGUGACAUCCUCUAUCAUGUAAUAACAGCCUAGGAGAUCAAAUGAAACUGGCAUGGGAGAAGUUACACAACAGACAAAAAGGUUUCUCUAAAGGAAGGGUGUACAUAUUGACUGGAUUUAUGGCAUAUUUUAGUACCCAAAGGGAAGACUAAACUCAGAGAAAAUGGCCUUCAUCUGAGUUAUUCUUGAUGUUCCUUCUUUUAAAAUAGUUUCCUCCUGAAAAGGUCGUGCUCCAGUCUUAGCCAGGUGUUUGGAAGGAGAAUCAAAAUUCACUUGAAAUGAACAACAUUCUGUUUCUUUUGAGGUGUUUGUACUCGUAUGUGUGUUUGUGCUUUUAUAAAAUGCCUGUAAGCAUUGAACUCUGUGGAUUAUGUAGGAGAUUUUUCCAGAGCUGGAGGCUGUACAGAUAUACAGCUGUCUAUUCCUAGAUCCCUGUCUCUGUGACUGGGGUUAAAAUCAACCUUGAGUGUGAACACAGGCUCAUCCAUCUGAGAAACUUAAUUACUUCAGACAUUCAGGAUACCUGUAGUCAAUCUUUCUCUUUCUAUACAGUUUCAACUAUGCAGUUAAAGAACACUGUUUGAAAACAUCUGAGCAGCUUUAUUAGUCUAUCCUUGAUGAAGGCUGAUACACAAGACUGGAGCUAUUCAAUACACUAUGUUUUCAGCAGAAUCGUUAGCACAUCUUUAGAACAGUUAAUGCAAUUGACAGUGUAAAGCUGGACUUGGUUGGCUUCUGAAAGCAGUGGAAAGUUGUUUCAAAAAGCUCUAGGAUUGCUUUGGUUUCUAAAGAUGUUCCAGUUUUCAUUCUUUCAUUCUCAGUAAUUCAGAAUUUAUGCAUAUCUUCUAGGUAGUCCUUUACAGAAAAGCCAGAUUAUCAAACACCCUGGGUCUACUUUUUCUUUUUUUUUUUUUUUAAAGGACUUAUUGAUAAAAGUUUGGCAGAAACAAUUUGUAAAAAACAUUUUUACUAAGCAGGUUAAGCAACGGGCAAAGUGUUUUGUCCGCAUGUCUAAUGCUUGAAAGGGUUUGUAAUGCAUUUUGCGACUUGGAUGUGGUCUGCACGGGAAGCUGCUGGCCCCUCCACAAAAACACAUAAAACGUUUGUCUUUUUUUAAGAUGUUAAAACUGAAUUGAAUUUACUAAAAAUGUAAUUGUCUAGGGGCAAAUGUUUAUACUUUUAUACUUUUUUAGGCACCCAUAUUUUAUCAGUUUAAAUUUAUCACCCAAAUUUCCCCUAAAUAGUAACAGAUUAUGUUGUUUAUCUGGAUUAAGCGUAACAGUUGUCUGUGUUAGCUGCAUAUUAAAACAUUUCCUCUGCUGCAGUAGUCACUGUGCUUUUAAGCCGUAUGACUCCACCGAAUUCUCCGAGCCUCCCUAGCUCAUGGAUUGGAAGCCAACCACAUUUCUUGUUGUUUUUUUGAUGUGCUCUACAAAAUAAUUUGGCCUUGGUCUAAGUGGAUUUUGAUGCCUAAUAUAUGUUUUACAGUGAUAUUUCUGAAUCAGCAUUUCUGUUGUUUCUCUUAUUUAACCCAGAAAAGACAGACUAUUUUAUUUCAUAAAGUGAAUUUUUCAAAAAUGACAGCAGCAAACCAUGAGUGACGAACCGAGCAAACUGAACAAAUUUAGGAUAUGUAAAAGAAUGAGGUUUUCUGAUUGUGGUGGUGUUUUCUUUUCAGGAUUUUCAGUUUAAAAACAUGCUUUUAUGGUGAGAGUUUACAUUGUAUCCCUGUUGUAGCAAAUUUGGGGGAAAUGAGUGGUUAAUCCUUUUGCACUUUGUUUCCAAUACCUCACAAAGAUUUUGAGAAAGAAAGAAAGAAACAAACAAACUUACUUUAUAGGCAGGUACUCUGUAAAUUAUCUUAAAUGUGCUAUUGUUUGAGACCACCUUAACAAAUUAUGUUCCUGUUCUUGCUAAUGCCAUUAUUGCUUUAAUUUUUGUGAAGACACGAGGCUUUCAGAUAGAUGGAAGUGCUACUGUAUGCCUUUUGCAAGGCAUUAAGAAUUGAUCCCUUAAUAAGUUUGGUUUCUUUUUAUUUGACUCUUGUAAUUUCAAAUAAAGUUAGCUGUGGUCACAAGGUAAUUGCACUAGAGACUGACGAUCUGCAUUGCCAGAUUCUGCAAACAUUGCUCGUUUUGCUAAGAUCUGUCAGGAUGAGGUGAAGUACCAAUACAGUUGAACUGGAGUCCUUUGUCCCUGUCUUUUUUGUCCCUUGGAGAGGUUUUACCUGGAGAACUGAUGGGCUCCCAGGGCAGCAGCUGAGAAGUCCAUUGAUGUGGACUCUGGAUUUACACAGCCUCUUAUUCCAAUCAAAACAGUAUUCCAGGUUAGAAUUUAAGGUGCUGAGAGAUCACAGCAGGAGUAAAUGGAGCAGGAAGAGAGAGAUACCUGAACAUAAUGGCUAAUCAAGGUGACAUCUCAUGAGAAUGUGAAUUCUAUGAAAAAUGUGACUUUCUGCCGUCUUACUAUAGGAUUGUUCAGUGAAGUUGUUAGGUGUGCUCUCUAUGGAACAGGAGGUUACUUCAGCACCCCAUAAGUGAAUUUUCGGUGAUGUUCUUUAAAGGCUUUUACAUGGCAAACUUCUCACUAAAUUUGUUUAAAAGCUGAGACGUUCACAUUUGCCAUAGCAACUUCUUGCUUUGAGUUAGGAAGCAGCUCACAUACUGCUGGCCUUAAUGUUCAUCCGAGCCUGGUUUUCUGUCUUAGAGAUGGCACUUUUGUGUUAAAAUGCUUUUGACUUCUUCAAGCAGCAAUUAAAGCAGAGUUUAUUUGCAAUAAACAAGUCAUUAUGAGGCCUCUGAGGUGUAAGCGUCACCUGGUCCAUAAUCACUGUCCAAAAGUACAGUCCAAGUCAGUGGCUCCAACAGAAAAUGUGAAAUAUAUUUUUAUUAUUAUAUUUUUCUUUUAUAAACAAAUGACAAAUGUUUACCUGGCAUUUUCUCCCCCUUACUGUUGGGUUUCUGUGGAUUAUGGCUAAAGGCGGUUUGUUAUCCUGCAGUAAUUUAAUUGUGUGUUGAAGACCUGGUUGUAUUUAGGAGCUUAAUUGAUUCUCUACUAAACCUCCAGUUCUCAGAAUCUUAGGCUUGGAAAAUUUGGAAAUGUACCGUGUUUUUUUCAAAGUCAGCCAAAUUUCUUGUAAUGAUAAAAAUUCCUUUAAUCUUUCAUUGUAUCAUUAGUAAAAGUUAUUUCUUAAGAAGUCAAGCUCGAUGUAUCCAUGCAACAUUUUUGUCUUCAGAUUUUCUUUAAACAACAGCUGUGUAGCUCCAAUUUUAGGAAUGCAAACACACAGUUACAGUUGAUUACAAACAGAAUGAUUUCUCGAAGAUACCAAAUUGAUUCAACCUCCUCUUUCUCUGAGAGAGUUUUCUUUUCAGGAGAAAAUGAAAACUUCUGGCAGAUUAAACAAAAGAAAACUUGAUGCUUAGGAGACAGGUGUGUUGAGUAGGAUGAUGGUGUUUUCUAAACACAGUCUUCUGUGAAUGUCUGUUGAGGUUUUGGAGAGUUGUUGGUCUC